CAACAGAAAAAAAAUUACAAUUGUCAAAACAAAUAAUCAAAAUUUCUUAGCAGUUUUCUUGAUUCCGUCAAUCGACCAAUCGCAUUAGCCUGUGAUAUUCGUAUCUUAAGAACUAGCGAUAUGAUAAAUUUAAUUUAUCUAACUUUUUUAUGAUUAAACUGGUCGCCGUAAGCGCGUGUGCUCAGAAUGCAUGGGGUAUUUUUGUACAUAUUUGAAAUAAGAAAAGAUUUUCUAGUAUGUUUCUCGCUGUCAGUGCUGUAUUUAACCUACUAUCUGGUGGAAGUGGUCAAGAGGCCGGUGCUGCACUGCCGCGAGGGUGACUUCCGCGAGCUACUGGAGGCGCGCGUGCCGCUGCUGCGCGAGGCCUACUGGCCCACGCCGUGGUGCGUGGAGGCGCGCCUGCAGACCGUGCUGGGCUCCGUGCUGCGCUCGUGCCUGCUCGCCCCGGUACACUACCGCCGGCAGGUGCUGCGGCUGGCGGACGGCGGCCAGGUGGCGCUGGACUGGGCGGAGCUGGACGCGCGGCGCGACCGGCCCGUGCUGCUCGUGCUGCCCGGCCUCACGGGCGGCGCGCAGGCGGACUACGCGCGCUGCCUGGUGGCGGCCGCGCGCGAGCUGGGCGCGCACGCCGUGGUGUUCAGCAACCGCGGGCUCGGCGGCCUGCCGCUCACGACGCCGCGGCUGUACAGCGCCGUGUCGCACGCCGACCUGGCCGAGGUGCUGGAGGCCGUGAGCGCGCGCGGGGCGCCGCUGCUGGCGGCCGGCGUGUCGCUGGGCGGCCUCAUCCUGGGCAACUACCUGUGCGCGGCGGGCGCGGGCGCGCGCGUGGCGGGCGCGCUGGCCGUGUCGGCGCCGCUGGACGUGGAGGCGGGCGCGGCGUGCCUGGACGCGCCGCUCAACGCGCCGCUGUCGCGCCACAUGGCGCGCAACCUGCGCGACACCGUGCGCGCGCACGCGUCGCUGCGCCGCGCCUGGCCCGGCGUGGCGCGCGUGCGCAGCGUGCGCCAGUUCGACGCGGCCUUCACGGCGCGCCACUUCGGCUUCGCGUCCGCCGAGGCCUACUACGCCGCCGCCACGCUGCGCGGCCGCCUGGGCGCCGUGCGCGUGCCGCUGCUGUGCCUGCAGGCCGCCGACGACCCGUUCCAGCCCGCCGGCGUGCUGCCCGCGCGCGAGGCGGCGGCCAGCGCGCGCGUGGCGCUGCUCGUGCCGGCGCGCGGCGGCCACAUCGGCUUCCUGGACGGCUGGUGGCCCGCGCCGCCCGCCACGCCGCCGCAGAGCACGUACCUGGCUCGCGUGGCGCGCCAGUACUUCGGCGCGCUGCUCGCGGCGCCGCUGCCGCCCGUCUAGCGCCUCUUUCUUAUUAUCGAAUAUUAUAUCGUUAUUUAUUUGUAAGAUAUCCUACCGACGGAACGGGAAGCGAGGAGCGAGGGGAGGAGGCGAGAAAAACACCGGCGUCUGUGAUGUAGCGUUUAUGUACACCGCGGCGGCACG